UUCUGGAGGUCCUUCGUUCGUGCCCGAAGCUUUCGUUCGUGCUCUCCCCGGCGUCUCACCCUUCUCUCCGGCGCCUCCCACUCGGGCGGACUCUCCGGCGACUCCCCACUCCGGCGACUCUCCGGCGCCUCCCCACUCGGCUGACUCUCCGGCGCCGACAGGUGGUGCUCCUUCACCGGCUGAAGCUUCCGAAUCCAGUCCAGAAAAUUCAUCGCGUCGUCGUCGCGGAGAAGAAGGGGGCCUUGGGGGAGAUGGAUUUCGAGCUGAGGAGGGCGCGGGAGAAGCUGGAGAAGGAGCAGAAGGAGCGGAAAGCGCAGGCCAAGGCGAGGCUGGAGAGGGAGAGGAAGGCGAAGGGGGAGGCCAGGAAGCAGCGGGAGGCCAUCGAGGCGGUCCAGCGAUCCCGGAGGCUGGACGCUCUCGAAGCGCAGGAAAAGGUGGAGCACCAAGCUUCAGUUUGCCCCUUACGCUUGAUCGCGUGUCGUUUCUGCAGGGAUAUGGUCCAUGCAGGAGACACUGUAGUGGACCUGAGAGACAAAAUGCAGGGCCGUCUUCAUCCUGAUCAUUGGUGAAUGUAUUGCAUUUCUAUGUGCCGAACGUCAUUCGAGUUACUUUGGAUCCUUCCCCAUUUAGCAGCAGGUUAAGAAGUGACUCUUCUGCCGGUGUAUAGUACGUUUCCCGGGUCAUACGAGAAGGAUUACUCGGAGAGAUCUUAUCUAUUGUAUCUUCUUUUGAUUUCUCAUUGGUUUGGACCGACUGUUUGGAAGGCCUUCAAGUCUAAUUAUUAAUCUUCUUGUUUAGUCUGAUCUUCAAA